AUGGCGGGUGUUGUUCUUGAGACCUUAAAUGUUUGGAAGCUCGCAUCUUUUGGAUGCCUUAUGCUAGCUGUCCAGAUUUGCUUUUUCCUUAUUGGUGGACUUAUAGCCCCAGCUCCUAACACAACAGACCAGAUCUUGAUGUCCAAAUGUAUUGACCGUUCGGGGGAUGUUUUAAAGUGGCAUUUCGCUAGACCAGCCUCUAAUGACAGCUGUCAAGAAAUCUUACCGGAUGGUGAUAUUGAAGAAGUUGUCCCACCUGAUGUCGAUGCAAAUUCGAUCGUAUUUAUUGCACAAUUUCCACACCCAAGAGAUGGAAUGGAUUUGCGUAUGACCCGAUGGUUCCAACAAGUCAUUGGAGUUUUGAUGCUAGAUAUCAAGCAAAAAUAUUCUAAAGAAUUAGAAAAUACCGAAAUAACAUUUGAUUUACGAUUGGGUUAUCGCAAUCAUAAUGAUCCUAAACAUGUUUGGCAUGAAUUAGCUCGUUCAGUUGAAGUUCGACCUCUAAAAUGUACACUUGAUCCUGAAGCUAAACGACAUCAAGGACAUUCUCAUGCACUUGAUGAAGGAUUUUACUAUGAUUGUGAAGUUUUGCCUCUGUUCACCUUGGCUAGUUGUCAUCAUGAAGAGUAUUUGUUGAAUUUAAGAAUUCCUGUUGAUAAGAAGCGGAAAAUCAAUGUUGGUGUUGGAAGUAUUCAGGAUGUUUGGAUGGUUGAAAUUCACCAAAAUGGAGGAUUUACCAAGGUAUGGUUUUCAUUGAAAACAUUCUCAUUUCCAAUUGUCUUAUUGGCUUUAUUGUUUUUUGGUCAUCGUGUUAAAGAAUUAGAACGUCCACCGAAUAUAUUAGAAAAAACUAUAUUUAUCUUGGGUAUUUGUUUAUCUAUCUUGAAUUGUCCAAUUGAAUGGUUAUCACUUAUAUAUAAUUUCUCAUUUUGGCUUAUUUUAAGUGAUAUACGUCAAGGUUUAUUUUAUGCUACACUUGUAUGUUUUUGGCUUAUAUUCACCGGUGAACAUAUGAUGCAAGAAACCGCACCACCACCACCAACGUCGUCAUCAUCGUCAUCAUCAUCAGGGCAUAAUCGAUUCAAGUCUAAUAGUAACAGCAAUUAUUUCGGUUUAAAUCGAUUAUAUUGGCCAAGAAUUUUACUUGUAGCUAGUUGUUGUGCUGCUUUGUUUAUAUUUGAAUUAGCUGAACGUGGAGUACAAAUACGUAAUCCAUUUUACAGUAUAUGGUCACAUCCAAUUGCAGCAAAAAUGGGUUUAAUCAGUAUUAUCAUUGGUGCAUUAUGUGCAUUUGCUUAUAUGAUUUAUUUAACUAUUCUUAUUGGUAAAGCAUUUUUACAAAUAAUGCAUAAACGUCGUCUAUUAUAUCAUUUGCCAAUGGAACAACGUCAAUAUUAUAGUGGUAUAAUUUAUCGUUUUAUGAUACUAUUAACAUAUACUAUUAUAUGUGCUGGACUUACUGUAGCAUUUUUUAUUUUUAAUCAGGUUACCGAAGAUCAAUGGAAAUGGGGUGAAAAAAGUGUUGAAUACACAUCAGCUUUCAUAACUGGUGUCUACGGGAUGUGGAAUGUAUAUGUUGUGGCUGUGUUGUGCCUGUAUUCACCAUCACAUAAAUUUCGUAGUGUUACCGGACAACAAUUAUACAAUCGGCUGUUACUUCAAACUACUGUACCAAGCACAGUACUACUACCUGAGACUAGUAGUAGUACUAGUCAUCCUACACAGUCUACUACCAUUGCAACUGUACACAAUAAUACAUUUAUCGAUCAUGAAUUUGAUUCAUUUGAUAAACAUUCAGAGAAAAUACAAUUGGUCUGUAAACAACAUCAACAACAAACAGAAGAAUAUGAUGAGGAGAAGAAGAAGACGAACAAUCAUGUGACGACGACGACAUCUGGCAAAUCAUCUUAUCUACUCACGGAAGGUUUGAAAUUUCUACGUAAAGAAGCUUUUGAAUAA